AUGAAGGAUGGUUCGUCCAAACAAUUCUGUUCUAAGGAUUUUGCGCCUCCUGAAGGCAAUGAUGGUGGCAUGGAUCAGUCUGAUCAGAUCCCUUCCAUGCCAGAGGUCAAUUUCAAAGAUAAGUUACUAAGCUCUUCUUGUUUUGAAUAUAUUGAAGGAAUGGAGAAGGAUGGGUUCUCUAUUGAAUCUGGUGAUUAUGAAGUUGAGGAUUCUCCAUAUGGUCAUUCAAUUCGGAAGACUCAUACCUAUAAUUUUAUCUUUGCACGUUUGAAGCAGCGCUGGAGGCUUAAGGGACCGAUGCAAUUAGUUGAUUUAGACAAUGGGUUCUUCAUUGUUCAUUUUGUUCUUGAGGAGUAUUUGUUGUAUGUGUUAACUGGGGGUCCUUGGGUAAUAGCAGGGCAGUAUGUUGUUGUUAAAAAACAGAGACCUAAUUUUUGUGCGACUGAGGAGUAUGUUUCCCGCAUUACUGUUUGGGUGAGAUUAUCUGGUAUGGGAGUUGAAUUUUUCAAUUCUGAGACUAUUAAGUGUAUUGGGGAUUUGAUUGGCUCAUCCUAUAAGGUGGAUGUUCAUACUCCUCUCAUCCCUUACAUAGUUGUUGAAGGUAGGCCUGUGAGAGUGGAAUACGAAAAUCUCUCUGUGAUUUGUUUUAGUUGUUGCAAAGUUGGACACAGUAAAGAGUAUUGUCCUUUUGCUAACCCUAUCCAUAAGGACAAUGAGACUGAUAUGGAUAUGGCUGGGGAUAUUCAAGAAGAGAUGCGUUCUCAUCAAGUGGAGAAGUUACAUAAGAUGAAGCUUAAUGAUAAUCAAAGAGGCCUAAUUGAUCCCAUUGGGGAUAAAGAUGGUUUUGGUAUAUGGAAUGUUAUUCCUACUAGAAAAGUUUUGAAGAAGAAUUUUGAAAAUGGAACUACUACUAGUGAAGAUAAAGGAAAGGGAUUUAAUAUAUUGGAGAACGAUUGUUUUGAUGGUGAGCAAGAGCAUGUUUUUGGGACUUUGGAGAAUCUUCUGUCAAUUAAUGGGAAGGCUAUUCAAAGUAAAGAUGAUGGUGGUUGGAAUGGUCUAACUCCUCCUAAUAAGGGCAAGGAAAAGAUUGGUAGGCUGAGGAAAGUUUUGUCUGAUAUUUCAAAUAAAUCUUCUUCUAGGCCUGCUAUUGUUUUGAGGCCUAGCUCUAAGAAUUUGGCUCAUGAUUCCACCAUAACUUCUGUGUCUGAGUUGGACUAA